GUCAAGCACGAGCUAGAUAAGUGAUUAAAAAAUGGCAUCCGUGCCGACGUCGCACAAUGAGGUUUCACAAGAAUUUUCUGUCAACAAACUCAUACGUGUCGGUUAUUAUGAGUUAGAAAAAACUAUUGGCAAGGGAAAUUUUGCUGUAGUUAAAAUGGCCACCCAUGUCGUAACGAAAUCUAAGGUUGCUAUAAAAAUAAUAGAUAAAACUAAAUUAAAUGAAGAAAACUUAGCAAAAAUCUUUCGUGAAGUUCAUAUAAUGAAGAGGUUACGGCAUCCACAUAUCAUAAGACUGUAUCAAGUGAUGGAAACGGAAAAAAUGAUAUAUUUAGUCACAGAAUAUGCUCCUGGGGGUGAAAUAUUUGAUCAUCUUGUUCGAAAUGGUAGAAUGGCAGAACCAGAAGCACGACGAAUUUUUCGUCAAAUUGUACUUGCAGUUCGUUAUCUACAUCAACAGAGAGUGGUUCAUCGAGAUCUUAAGGCUGAAAACUUAUUACUUGAUGCAGACAAUAACAUAAAACUUGCUGAUUUUGGAUUUAGUAAUGAAUAUACACCUGGUGUUCCACUUAGUACAUGGUGUGGCUCGCCACCAUAUGCUGCACCUGAGAUUUUUGAAGGAAAGCAUUAUGAUGGCCCAAGAGCUGAUGUAUGGAGCCUUGGUGUUGUCUUGUAUGUAUUAGUUUGUGGUGCUCUACCAUUUGAUGGACCUACAAUGCAAUUAUUACGAUCUGUAGUUAUCUCAGGAAAAUUCAGAAUACCAUUUUUUAUGUCUGCAGUGUUGACGAUCAACCACGUGUUGGGUAGCCUUGCAAGUUUGAAAACGAUGAACUACAGGCGCUAUUCGAUAUGAGCCCGACUCAAACACAAAAAAAAUUUGCCAAACAGCGUGGAAUGAUGCAACCAACGGUUCGAUUGCACCAGCUGGGAGAAAUUUACAAAGAAGGAAGAGAACAGAAAAACUAUUUUUUGCGCAAAAUCGUGAACGGCGAAAAAUGUAUUAUGUACAAUAAUUCUCUUCCCAAAAAAUACUGAGAAUAAUAUAAGCAAGCUAAAGAUGAACCCAGAUACUCCGUGGCUGUC